AUGACGGGCCGUGCUGAUUCGGGCUCCACAACGGAGUUGCAGUUCGAGUCUCUCGAGUUGGACAUCAAGGCGUUGCAGCACGAUCGGGACGAAGAUCGCAAGGAUUUCCAUCAGUUUCAAGCAACAGUUAACAGAAAUUUCGCAACGAUGCAGAAGAACUUCGACAAGAUCCAAGAAAACUUCAGGCGUCUGCUGUUGGAUCCGGAACCGGCGCAAGAGGAUGGUGUAGAAGGGCAGGGCAGUGUUCAGAUGAAGGCUGACCAGAUGAAUUCGCCGAAAGUGGCUCCUGGUAGACCCAAACAACUACCAGUUCCUACUCCUCCUUCUGUAGCUAUGCCUGAAAAAGGGACUGCUUUGCCGAUUGGUACUGCAACACUUAGGGAUCAUGCGGGCAAAGAGCUGCAUCUGGAUGGUACACCUAAGGCGCCGUAUAGGCACCCCAACUAUGGUCAGGCAAAAGACACAGCGCCAAACAAUGUUGUGCAACUAGAAGAGAUACAUGAAGAUGAGAUUGCUGAUCACACGUAUAGAAGAGGACAGAACUUUCGGGAUGGAAGAAGAAACACCCUCACUGUCAAGCCAGCAAAACUGAACAUUUUUGAGUUUGAGGGACAAGACCCUGAAUCCUGGAUUCAGAACCUCGAGCAGUAUUUUGCUGCGGCUCGAACACCAAUUGAGCAUAGGACAGAAGUGUCCAUUUCAUACCUCAAGGGCCCUGCAAUUCAGUGGUGGAGGGGAACUGGAUAUGCCUCUAGUAAUGUUCCAUGGCAUAAGUUCUGUUCAUGUCUGUCUGACAGGUUCUCUCUGGAUUCAGCUUGUGACAUUGUAAGCUCCUUCCAUGCAGUUCAGCAGACAACUACAGUCACUGCUUAUGUGGAACAAUUUGAACAGCUAAUGAAUGUUAUGAGAAGGGAAAAUCCUGCAAUUCCAGAUGAUUAUUAUGUUUCUAGUUUUGUGUCAGGGUUGAGCACUUAUAUUAAGAGCCAUGUGGAAUGUUUCAAGCCAAAGGACAUGCAAACUGCAGUAUGGUAUGCUAGGAGAAUGGAAAAGUCCCAGUCCCCAAAUCUGGCUAAACAAAAUCAGGUUUGCUACAAGUGUAGAGAACCAUGGGUGCAUGGUCAUAGACAAGUCUGUAAGAAGAGUCAGAGAGCACAAAUUCAGGCAUUGCAGGCUCAGGGCAGUGACAAUGCUGAAACAAUUUAUGUGACAGAUUUUGAUGAUCCUAACUUGGAAAAUUCUGAGCCCCUUCCUGAGGAAACAGUGUUGCAGGUGUCAAUGCAUGCUGCCAUGGGUAUUGGAGCUGCUAAGAACACUUUUAUUUUGACAGUGAAAGUGGGCAACACCACUGCUACUGCUUUAGUAGACAGUGGUAGCACCUCUACAUUUGUUUCUCCUGAGAUGGCUGCUAAGCUGCCUGUUGCAGCUACUCCUAAUCCCAAGAUAAAAGUGGUUGUUGCAAGUGGGGGACUGCUUUGGAGUGAAUUUACAGUAAAGGACUGUCCCUAUGAAAUUCAGGGCCACAAGUUUUCUGAUGCUUUCAGGGUGUUAAAAUUAAAAGGAUAUGAUAUGAUCUUAGGGGUGGAUUGGUUAAGAAGGUACAACCCCAUUCAAAUGGAUUUCAUAAAAAUGGAAAUGAGGAUUUCUGCAAAGAGUGGCCAGUUUAUAUCUUUUGUGGAUGAAACUAUACCACUUGCUGAUAUAACUGAAGCUACUGAACAUCCAGAUAAGUUGAUGGAGCAAGCUGUCUGUGGUUUUUUUUUCCUGUUUACCUCUUCUGGGUGUGAGGUGGUGGCUGCAGCCCAGGAAAUUCCUUCAGAACUGUUGCCCUUAUUGGAGGACUAUGAAAAAGUUUUUCAGGAACCUCAGGGACUGCCACCUAGCAGACCAUGUGAUCACAGAAUUCCACUUAUUGAUGGAGCUAAAGUGGUUAAUCAGAGGCCCUAUAGAGUUCCUCAUCAUCAGAAGGAAAUCUUGGAGAAAAUCAUAUUGGAACUGCUGAAGAAGGGCAUAAUAAGGCCUAGCACCAGCCCCUUUUCUUCUCCUGUAUUGUUGGUCAAGAAAAAAGAUGGGUCCUGGAGACUUUGCACAGAUUACAGAAAACUGAAUGCAAUCACUGUGAAAAACAAAUACCCAAUACCAGUAAUUGAGGAUUUGUUAGAUCAACUAAGAGGAGCCAAAUAUUUUUCUAAAAUUGAUCUGAGAAAUGGGUAUCACCAGAUCAGAAUGGCUGAGGAGGAUAUUCAUAAAACAACAUUUUCUACUCAUAUGGGCUUGUUUGAGUAUUUAGUAAUGUCCUUUGGAUUAACUAAUGGACCUCCUUCUUUCCAAGCAUUGAUGAAUUUGUUGUUUGGUCUCUUGAAAUUUGUAGUGGUGUUCUUUGAUGAUAUAUUGGUGUUCAGUUUCUCAUUGGAAGAGCACAAAGUUCAUCUGGCACAAGUAUUUGAUAUUCUGCAAGCUAACAAGCUGUAUGCUAGAAUGGAGAAAUGUUCUUUUGGGCAACAGGAAGUUGAAUAUUUGGGCCACAUAAUCAACUCAGAAGGAGUGUCUACUGACCCUUCAAAAAUCAAAGCUAUACAGGAGUGGCCAACUCCCACUACUGUCACUGAACUGAGAAGUUUCUUGGGUUUAAGUGGCUACUAUAGGAGGUUUAUCCAGGGGUAUGGCAUAAUUUGUAGACCUCUCUUUGAUUGCUUAAAGAAGGAUGCUUUCUCUUGGAAAGAUGAGCAAACAGAGGCCUUCCUAGCUCUGAAACAGAAACUGACUAAUACCCCUGUCCUGGCACUACCUGAUUUUACUAAGCCCUUCAUACUGGAAGCUGAUGCUUGUGGCUAUGGUCUAGGAGCUGUGCUGAUGCAGGAAGGGAGGCCCAUUUCUUAUUUCAGCAAGAGUAUUGGUCCUAAGGCUGCUGCUAUGUCAACUUAUGAUAAAGAGGCCCUUGCCAUAAUUGAAGCAGUAAAGAAAUGGAGGCACUACUUCUUGGCAACUGCCCUGGUAAUCAGAACUGACCAAGAAAGUCUGAAAUACAUUCAGGGGCAGAAAAUAACUGAAGGGAUUCAGCACAAAUUACUGUUGAAGUUGUUAGGAUACAAUUUCACUGUUGAGUAUAAAAAAGGGAAGGAGAACAGAGUUGCUGAUGCACUAUCAAGGGUGAAAGAACUGAUUGGCUGCUCCUGGCACUACUGCUUACUCAUACAAAAAUGGAAUCCUGAGAUUUCACAACAAAGUGGUAGUGGGUACAGCUACAACUCUGAGGGAAUGAAACAGGAUGUUAUUGCUUUUGUCAAGGCUUGCCCUGUCUGCCAGUUGAACAAAGCAAAGCACUCACCUUACCAUGGCCUCCUAGAACCUUUGCCUGUACCAGAAUUUGCUUGGGCCCAUAUAAGCAUGGAUUUUGUAGAAGGAUUGCCAACUUCUGAGCACAAGAAUUUGAUUCUGGUGGUGGUUGAUAGGUUUACAAAAUAUUCUCAUUUCAUAGCUAUGCAACACCCUAUAACAGUGCAAACAGUGGCUAGAGCUUUCUCUGAUAAUAUCUUCAAAUUGCAUGGCAUGCCCUUGGUGAUAGUAACUGACAGGGACAAAAUCUUUACUAGUCACUUGUGGCAGCAGCUAUUCAAGUCACUGAAGAUCAAGUUGCACAUGAGCACUAGCUAUCAUCCACAAUCUGAUGGCCAGACUGAAAGGCAACCAAGGAAGUGGCAUAGUUGGCUAGCUUUAGCUGAAUGGUGGUACAACACCUCAUUCCACACUGCUUUGCAAAUGACACCAUUUCAAGCUCUGUAUGGUUUUCCACCCCCAAUGGUGGCAGAAUCAGCACUGCCAGACACUAUUUGUGAAGAUAGUGACAACUUGCUUCAGAACAGGGAGGUGGCAUUGGAGAUAAUUAAACAAAAUCUCCUCAAAUCACAAGAGAGGAUGAAUUAUUAUGCUGAUAAGAAGAGAAAGGAAAGGGAAUUCUUUGUGGGAGACAUGGUUUAUCUCAAGCUGCAGCCGUACAGACACACUUCACUGAGUUUACACAGGCAUCUUAAGCUCCACUCCAAGUUUUAUGGCCCCUUUAGAGUUUUGGAGAGGAUUGGUAAUCAUGCAUACAAGCUGCUGUUACCAGAAGGCUGUAUGCUGCAUAACACCUUCCAUGUCAGUCAAUUGAAGAAGCAUAUUGGCCCAACAGUUGUGCCUUCUCGUCACCUUUCACUUGUUGGUCCUGAUGGUGUUAUUAAAGUGGAACCGGAAGCGAUAUUGGAAAGGAAACUCAUUCCUCGUCCUCAGGGCAAGAUCAGCAUUCCUGUGGUAAGAUGGUUGGUGAAGUGGGUGAAUAUGCCCGUGGAAGAGGCUACUUGGGAGGACUCGGCCUUCAUUCAGAAGGUUUUUCCUUCGUAUCGUGCUUGA